AUGAAGACAAAGCUUCAGGGCAUAGAAGAAUUGAAGGAUAUCAAAGACAUCCUCAAUAAACAGUCAGAAAUGUUCUUCGAAAAUAUAGAACGUCUGUUAAAAAUAGAAACGCUCCUCGAGGAACAGAAAAAUCAGAGAAGCUGCGAAACUGUGACUGGGACCAUCCUUAGCGUCGGAGCGGGUCUCGGCUUCAAAUUGAGCCCAGGCGAUCUGGAUCACGGAGUGAGGCUUGAGCCCAAGCAGGAAGGGAUCCAGGCCCUAUUAUCGCUCGGUUUGUCAAGCAAACAGUGA